CUUCUUACAUCCUCACUCCCAGCUCCAAAACUCCAGCUCCAUUGAUAUUUCUUUGCUGUCUACCCAACAUCCUCUUCCAGCUACAUCCCAAACAACAAGUACAAACCACUACACCAUGUCUGACUCUAGUCACUGGAAUGACCAUGAGUUGCUCGUGUACAUCCUCACUGCAAUGGAAUACUCCAACCUCAAGCCCGACUACAACAACGCUCCAGUGCCUGCUGGACGCACCGGCUCAGGCUGCGCCCAGAAGAUCAUGAGGCUGAAGAAGGCGCUCCGGAAUGAGAUGGACGCGAUCAAGAACGGGUCGCCAGUCAGCAAUGUUAAGGUCAGGGGCAGUGCUGCGAAGUCCAAAGGCAAGCGUGGCGCUGACGAUGUCGAGGAGGAGCAGCCGCUCAAGAAGCGCGGUCGCGGUCAUCCUAAGAAGGCGGCUGAGCCUGAGCUCCUAGUCAAGCAGGAGGCCGCGCCUGAGAUCUGAGGGCGUGGGUGGAGCCGAGGAGAUCGAGGAGGAUGUCUGAUGGUUUUACACGAGAUGGGAGGUGUAGAGGGGGAUAUUUUGCGUCAUGGC